AUGAUGAUGCGCGUAUUGAUCGUUGCCGUCGUUGUAGCCUACGUCAUCGCCAUGCCCAUCGAAGAGCCCAUCGGCAAGGGAGUUCCUCACCCCAGUGGGUUUUUAGGAAUAUUUAUAUUAUAUAUUUGAUUCUUUAGAACAUACAAAAAAAUCUAUCUGGAAAUUCUGUAGAAAUUCGAGCCUAAAAAAACUUGGGACUGCCAAUUUUGAGUUCGGAAAAAAAUUUGGGACUGCCAAUUUUGAGUUCGGAAAAAUUUGGGACUGCCAAUUUUCAGCUCGAUAAAACUUGGGACUGCCAAAAAGAUUCAACUUUUUUUCUUAUCAAUUUUAAUCAACCGCAAAGAAAAAUAUUACCUUCCUCAGUAAGGGGAUGAUCGGUUCCAAACCAUUUUUUUCAAAAAAAUUUAAAAAAAGCAGAAGUUGAAUAAAAAGGAACUUUCAGAAUGAAGAUAAUAAUUUUUCUUAUUUUUUUUUCUAAUAUUAAGAUAAUUUAUCCAAUUUACAGACUCAGACGCCGGUCGCGCCCUGAGCGGAGAUCAUCAGGAAAUCAUCGGAAAAAGGUGUACCUCACCCGAGUAAGUUUCUUUUUUCAAAAUUUUUAUGAGGUAUACAAAAAAGCCUAGAAAUUAAAGAAAAAAGUCAACUUGAAGGAAGAAAAAUAGUCAUCCUCACGAAAACUUUUUUUCCUUGCAAAGUUAAAAGUCCGCUAAUUCUCCACAUGAAAAAGCGUAAAACUUCACGUUUCAUCUUUAUUUUUGACUGCGCCCGACCUUUGGCGGCUUUCCUCCCAAUAUUUUUCGUCAAGCGGAGUAACCAGCUUUUUUUUCGCAAAAUCCUAUUAAAAAUUGAAAAUUUGCAGACUCUGACGCCGGCCGCGCUCUCAGCGGAAAGAACGAUGGUCAGUUAUUUAUUUCUUUAUUUUUUCGAUCUACUGUUUUACAGUAUAAAAUAACUUUGAUUUGAUUGGAUAUUGUAGAAAAGACUCGCGAAAAAAAAACCGUUUCAUCUCAUGGAAUUCCAGAGAAACACGUCCUGGAGGGCGGCACACAGGUCAAGCCAUGGCUCAAGGAGCAGCCCAACCUCGCCAACCUCCGCGAGCACAGACACCAAUAA